AUGGCGUACUACCAGCAAAACUACCAGCACUACCAACAACCAAGCCAACAUUAUGGCGGAUAUGGACAGGUUUUGCAGCGUGACGCAUUCGCGUGUAACGCCUGGCAGGCUCUUGGAUUUAACAGCCCUAAUGAACUACAGAUUCUUUUUGAUCAAAGUGUCCAGUCAAAUGAGCAAAAUAGGAUGCGAAGGGCAAUCCAGUCAGAGGACCUCGUAGGGAUAAUGAAUAAUUCCUCUGAGAUCCGAAGUUUCUUUAACAUAAACUGGAGCAGGGAGCUCUGUAAAGUAAUGGUUGCUAUGUUGGAUCGAUCAGGAGAUGGAUUUCUGCAGUGGGAGGAGUUUAUGGAGUUACAACAGUGUCUGAUUGCAUGGUACAGAAUGUUUCAGACCCAUGACAUGGACCGCAAUAACAAAGCUGAUGCCAAUGAACUUAUUACUGUGGUGAAAAAUCAAUUCCGUUUUAAUCUGUCACAAGAGUGUGUGACAACACUGUUGAAAAGGUUUUCCUAUGUUGAACCCAAUGGAAGAUGUGUGCUUUCAUUUGACGACUUUGUAACUGUGUGUGUCAAACUUCGGGCCUUAACAGAUGCGUUCCGGCGGCGAGACCAACAACAACAUGGACAGGAGACCGGUACUAGUACCUUUGGCUAUGAUGAUUUUCUGCGAUGCACAAUGUGCCUGUGAUCUCAGGUGCAUUCUGUUGAGACAUUGCUCCAGGACUCAAAUCAUCACCUUCUUCAGAUCAGACUGGUCAAACUCCCGCCCCCACUCCCCACCCAUGCGCCAUACACUGCACAAAUCCUUCUUCAGGGUUUACUUUUCACAUGCUUUUUCUCAUGGACUAACUCAAAUGCAAUUGCAGAUACAAAAUCAUCUUCUGAUGUACUGUAUUAAUUAGCUUUGGUGAGAGACCUACAAAUGUAGGUUUGACAAAUGUAUGAUGGUCAUAGACUCAGGAUGGACACAUGGAUAAUGAACAGAAAUCUAAAAGACAAAAGGACAUUAUGGUCAGAAACCUUGGCAUGACAAAUAGACAAUGUCAGAAACUUAGGAUGGACAAAUAGACAAUGGUCAGAUACCUAGGAUGGACAAAUAGACAAUGGUCAGAAACCUAGGAUGGACAAAUGGACAAUGGUCAGAUACCUAGAAUCGACAAAUGGACAAUAGUAAGAAACGUAGGAUGGACAAUACUCAGAAACCUAGAAUUGACACAAACAUUUAGCUGAGCCUUGGGAUGGACACAAGGACAAUGGUCAGAGACCUUUGCUAGAUAGAUGGAUAGCCAGACCUAGUCAGGUGAUUUGGACAAUGCUGAGAGACUAGUCUGAUAACAUAAGGCGAUGGUUAGAAAACUAGGUGGUGGUAAUAUGUCUUUACUGAUAUGCUCAGUGAUCAGAGGCUUGGCUGGCAACAGAGGUCAGAGCGUUCAGCAGCUUUUUUCAUCAAAAUUGGUAUUGCAAUUUGGUAUGUUUUUGAUUGAUAACCAAGUUUGUGCAAUACAGUGAUUACUACCAGUUUUAUUUUUACACUGAAGAUGAGUGAAUGCAAACUGUGUGAUAUUGUUAAAAUAAGAAACAAGACAGUUACAAAGAUUGGACUGGUCUCUACAGUCUCCACUGUUUUAUGUAAUACUCUGUGAUCAUUGCCUCUGUAUACGAGGUUAACUAAUAAAA